AUGCCUUCGCAAGAAGCCGGCUCGAAUCCCGCCCCUGGUCCCUCAUCAGGCGCAGCAGACCGUCAAGCUGAGGACGCACAGGGAGCUGGAGCGACAAGUCCACCCAGGACAGAGCAGGAACUGGCCCAGGCCUUCAGGGAUCUCGCCCGCGGCGAAAAUGCUGCAACAGCGCUCGAGAACAACCUAACGACCCUGGAGGGCAAGAUUGAUGAACUCCUUGCAUCCUUUGAGCGUUCGUCCGCUGCAUUGCCUCCAGCAGGAAGUGCGAAUGGUACAGGCGGUGGCACAAGUGGAGCAGGUGAGGGUGGCGGUAGCCAGAAAGCGGCGAACAAGUGA